AUGGAUGACCUCUAUCGGAACGCCUGGAGUGACCAAGCAGAGCGUAUGCUCCCGGAUGUGAAGCCUGCUCUUAGCUCGACCUCAUGGCUUUCGCCCACACUCGCGCUUUCCGAGGAAGAGGCUGAUCUGGCAACACCUUCUUGGUCUACGGGAACCGGUAUUCACUGGAAUGAGCCUUCAGAAAACUCGGGCAUCUCGUGGACUCAAACAGAUACCGACGCGGGCUGGGGGGCAAGUACUUAUGAAGGCAUCCAGCUUGGCGGGCCUGCCGAGAGGGAAGAAUCGCCGCCGCCAUCCACUGCGGAGGCAGACGCUGAGACACAGGCGGAGAUUCAGGCACAGGCAGAGACUGAGACCGAGAUUGAGAAACGGGAGACGACUGUGUCUAUUCCUCAAUCCCCCAAAGUCUCAGCUGUCUCGGACGUCGAGCCAUCGUCGCCGCAUUCGCCUGCCGAGAUACAAUUACCUCCUUCCGUUGUAUCUUCUCCGGCCUUCGGGACCUUGUCGCUACCACCUGAUCAAGAUGGCUUCGGCACAUUUGCGUCUGCAAUAAGCCCAGACGAGGAAACAGCCUUGGCUUUGGAGGAAAGCGAAAUUAAUGCGGACGCUUGGGGGUCCGCGUGGGCCACUAGAACUGAUGCUGCAGAAAGUACAGAGGAGCCUGUUGAUGAGUGGGAGACAGCUCGGCGGCUCAGAGCUAAACAAGACCGCAGAGUUCCUCCCGAGGUCUUAGCAUCUAUUCUGAGUGAAUGCGACAGUUUCGUGCGUGACGCAUGGCCUACGUCUGAGAAUGGGGAUGCAGAGGACGAGGAAGGAAGGAAGGAGGAUUGGCAACGUGGGAUGGAGAGCGUUGAAGGUCUUGAAUCCUUCGUUCAAACCUUUCUACCACCGUUGACCCUUCAGCCGCCCGUGCACUUCGGCAAGACCGAAGUCGCUAAACGGAUGGCAACCUCCGUGCGUCUGACGAAGAACAUGGCCCUUACCAAGGGCAGUCCCAUGUCGCAUUACCUCGCUGCUAAGGGCUCCAUUGCGUGGGAGGUUGCUGUUAAGAGUCGCAAGGAGAUAACUGAAGACGAUGUACCCCUAGGUUGGCGGAUCUUGGAGAAGGAGCCAUCGCAUGAAGUCGCCUUUGAUGCCAACAAAGGGAAGAAACGAGCUAGCAAGAUCUUCUCAUUCUGGGGGCGCAAGGACUCGAGCGUUGCUCAUUCUCGCACGUCGUCCCAGACAACCAGCGUGUCGCAGUCGGAGGCUGCACAUAGCCCCAUUAUUGGAGAGACUGAUUCGCGACGUACUAGCCAUGACACUGUUGAGCCAACAGCAAACGCCAGUAUGGAUAAGAUUGCCUCGCCAGUCCAGGUUUCUUCGCCGGCGUCUCAAUCCACUCCGUCCGCCUCUACCUCCGCUGCACAAUCACCACCCCCAACGAUGUCAUCUUAUUCGACAGCGCCAGAGCCCCAGUUCGAUCAAGCUGAAGUUCCUUCCCCACCUCUCCCAUCCGCCGUCUCGCGUUUCUUGAACAGGUUCUCGCGGCACCGGAGUGCAACGGCUCCUCUAAGCUCGCAGGGCUCGCUCGCGCUAUCAUCUGACGACUUGGAAUUUCUGUCUGAUAUCGUGCCCAGUGCAAGUGACGGCAACGAUGAUGAUUUCAUCACGAGCUUGAGGGCACUACCAAAUACAGUGAAGCCAACGCCGCUGCCGCCCAUGCUGCCUCCCCCUCCACCUGCGCCGCGGCGUACUGCAAGUCCUGUCAGUAGAUCCGGAAGCGCAGCGCCAGGAACGCAGCCUGCAUUGGAUGACUUCGACUCGUUCUUCGACUGCUUGGAUUCCGGAGCGUCUGCCAAUGGGAAGGAGGUCUCAUUGUCCCCUCUUAAUGGCACUGCACCUUUGAAGCCUGCGUUUGCUGCUGUGUUGCAACCAACUCGGCCGUCGACGCCUUCUGUGUCCCUUAUGCCUGGCGAUUCUAAUACACCAGAAAAGUCCACUAGUCCUCCACCUCUGGCCGAUAUCUCGACGAAACAGCCUUUUCAGCCUUUCUUUCUCCCCUCACCACCCUCCUCUCGUUCUCAUACUCCUAUAGCUGCUACGGGCAUAAGGUCAGGUAUACCUCCGCCAAUCCAGACGAUGCCAAUAAAUGCACAGGCGAAGGCGCAAGCUGACGCAUCUUUCGGUGAUAGGGCGCCACCACCACCUAUUUCGCGACCCCGAUCAACAUCUAUUGUGUCAACGGCACCAUCAGAAGAGAUUCGCUCGCCAUCUACGCCUGGGUCGGCUCGCCCAUUGGCAGAGCUGUAUCCAAACGCGUAUCGUGCGAGCGCGGCGUCGAGGUCAUUUGUCCUGCCACCACCACCUCCACCGCCAAGCCGUGCUCAGAUAUUGCCGCCUCCCCUGGCUCCUCCUCCGCCGGGUCCAUCGUUGUCUCGCAAGACGACUGCUCUCAAUAUAUUUGACAAUGAUGACUUCUCCGACUACUUGUCAUCGUCCGCGAGCUCGACGUCAGAGCCCGUCCUCCAGCCUGUUUUGGCCUCUACGCCGCGUGUCUCAACUCCCGUUAGCACGCCUUCGUCGACCAUUCCUGGAUCUGCAGCACCUGUGCUCGCUCCCCAUCCUGUUCUGCCAGGUCCCUCCUCCAAACCUCCCCGUCUGUCGCUAGCUUCGACAUCCAACUUUGCGGCAUUCGAUGACGACGAAUUCUCGGAUUUUCACUCAUCGGCCGCUUCGGCGCAUCCUAGUACUUCCUGCGAUACACCCCUUUUCUCCGAAUACCAGUCCUCCAGCUCUUCUGCAAUCCAUCGAUCAGAUUCCUCGAAACAAUUUGACUCCCCGACGCUGGAUGACAGAUUUGCCUCCGAAAAAGCGUUUCUCACCCCGGGCAAGACGGUCGGUUUCGACGUUUCCAGUGCUUCUCCGAUGCUUUCUACACCUUCGCCGCCCAAACCGAUAUCCAAGACGGAGUCCAUUUCUCCUAUAUCGCCCCAGAAGCUUGCAGAGCCUCAGCCACAGCAGGCGGCAGUAGGAACAGUUUCGAACCUGACCAGGGCGGCAUCGCUGAAACGGACGCUCAAUUUGAUGGAACGUGCCGCUGCCCAUCCAGGACGAUGGCCAGCGCCGCCCUCGCCGCUUCCGGAGGCGAUCCCUGCACCACCUCCGGGUCCUGGCACUUUAGCACGUGUGGACCUAUUGGGUGAUGAGUGGCAUACGAAGGAUGGGCCUUCGCCGUCUGUGCCCGCGCUGCCUAACGCCAUCAACCCAUCAUCAUCUGCAACUGGGUUGGGCAUUGAUAGCAAACCCACGUCUCCUCUACCUCUCUUCCAUUCUCAGUCGGUGAGGAGUGCAUCCAAAAGUGAUGUGUUGGCUACGCGGCCAGCAACGACGACGCCGUUGAAUGCGUCGAGGAAUGGCAGACUUUCAGCGCAAGACUUGCUGUUCUUCGAAGGAUUGUAGUACGCUUACGAACAGUCAUUUACUAAGUGUAACGUCCUUAUAAUGACCAUGAGGGGGGGUAUCGAGAGUACUGGUAGCAUCGCAAAUCUAUUAUACAUAAGAGGAGUGGAAAGCUGCGGACCAUAUUACGGUUGGUUCAAAUCUGCAAACUCUCUCGUAGAUCAUGAACGGCACCAAAUCACUUCAAAUUAAAUAAAAGUAUUCGCGGACAUCGUGCGUAGUCGAAUACACUC